AUACAAACCUUUUCUUGCGGUGGUUGUUGGUGGUGGUGGUGAAAUCAAUAAAUAAUCGAUUCAAAUUCAAGAAAAAGAGUGUUUUUAGUGUUGAAAUGAAGAUGCAAUUGAAAUAUUUAUAUCAAACCAUUUAUUCAUUACAUGAUCCAAUUCAUGUAGAACGAUUUCAGAAAACAUUUGGAUUGGAAAUUAUCCAUGAUCAACAAAAUGAUGAACCAAGAACAAAUCAUUUGUCGUCCAUUUCAUCAUCGUUGUCGAAAAAAUAUCGUAUACGAAAUUAUUUAUGGUAUUAUCUAUUUUCAUUUGGUGCACGUCUUGGUUAUGAAGUAUUCUAUGCAUUAUCAUUUUCAUAUUUAUAUUGGAAUUUGGAUUCAUUUAUAUGUCGUCAAUUGAUGCUUAUAUGGGCCAUACUGAUGUACACAGGUCAAGCAUUAAAAGAUGUUAUACGAAUUCCAAGACCUAAUGGUCCAAAUAUAGUGAUAUUAGAACCAGAAUAUUCAUUUGAAUAUGGUAUGCCAUCAACACAUGCAAUGUUAGCGGCAAUGAUACCAUUAACAUUAUAUUCAUUAUUAUCGAAUCGUUAUCAAAUUUCAUCAUCACCAUUAUUAUUCAUAUUUUGUUCAAUUUGUUGGUGUUCAUUGAUUUGUUGUUCACGUCUCUAUUUGGGAAUGCAUUCUGUUUUGGACAUAUUGGUCGGUCUAUCGCUUACCUGUAUAUUAUUGGCAUUCAUACUACCAAUGUUGAGCGUUUUGGAUUAUUUCCUUAUCCGUAAUUCUUUAUCGCCUUUAAUCAUUAUUGUUGUGUUGUUAAUAUCAUCAUUAUUGUAUCCGGUAUCGAAUAAACAAUCACCAUCACGUGGUGAUACAAUAUCAAUAAUAUCGGCCAGUGGUGGUGUUUAUAUUGGUUCAUGGCUUAAUUAUCAAUUAUCCAUUAUACGUGAUUCUAGUCAUUUGAAUGAAUUAUAUCCAAUUUUAUUGCCAUCAUUAUAUGAUAUACCUGUAAUCGUUGGUCGUUUUGCCAUUGGAUUAUGUUCAUUAUUCAUCUUACGAUCGUUAGGAAAAUCAUUUGCACAACAUGCUAUUCGAUAUUUCACCGGAUUGAAAGAUCUUAAUAAUGAACAAACAAAACAUCGUACCAUCGUAGAGAUACCAAUGAAAAUGAUUCCAUUCAUUAUGGUUGGAUUAGCAAUUUCAUUUUUUGGACCAUUGAUGGCACGUUUAACUUGUAUGGAACGUCAUUCAAUGAGAUUUGAAGCUUAAAGAAUUCUUGUUUCUAUAUAUAUACAUGCAAAUCAAAUCAAAACAAUUUCAAACAAACAAAUAACUUGCCUUUGUCAUUGAAAACAGCA